AUGAUAGAUUUGGACGACUAUCGCACGGAACUGUUGCUGGGGCUCCAAGAGAUUCGAAGCCGAGCUUUGGAGCAUAUAAAAAAGGAACAAGAGAGGGCCAAGCGAUAUUACGAUGAGCGUAAUCGUGUGAAGGCCGAGCAAUUCCGCGUGGGCGAACGGGUACUGGUGUACAUGCCGUCAGAGCUGACCACAACACGGCAUCCCAAGUUCGUUCACAAAUACGUUGUUCCCUACCGUAUUUUGAGGCUAACGGAUAAUAGUGCGAUAGUGCAACUGAUCGGGAGGAGAGAACAAGCUUUCAAAGUGCAGCUUGAUCACUUGCGAAAAGUCCCGCCGGAAGCACCUUGA